AUGGCUUCUCAUACAAUUCCUAAGCUUAAGAACCCUGAACUUCUUCAGGAAUAUUCUUUCAUUAAUGGCGAAUUCGUUAAAGCCAAGUCCGGCAAGACUUUUGAUGUCUUCGAUCCCGCAACCGGCUCUAAAAUCGCUUCCCCUCCUGAAAUGUCCCUCGAUGAACUCAAACAAGCCAUUGAAGCUGCUCACGAUGCCUUAGCUGUGCUUAAAAAGACUACCGGUCGCCAACGUGCUCGCUGGUUGCGUAAAUGGUACGAUCUCAUGAUUGAGAACCAAGAAGAUCUUGCUACCAUUCUUACUUGGGAAAACGGUAAAGUUUUGGCUGAUUCUCACGGUGAGAUUGCUUAUUCUGCUGGUUUUUUUGAGUGGUUUUCUGAAGAAGCUCCUCGCAUCUACGGUGACACCAUCCCCUCUGCUGUUCCUGGUCGUCGCAUGUACACCAUCAAGCAACCCGUUGGUGUCUGUGGUAUUAUCACCCCUUGGAACUUCCCUUCAGGUAUGAUCACGCGCAAGGUUGGUGCUGCAUUAGCAGCUGGUUGCCCUGUCGUCGUUAAGCCUGCUGCCGAAACACCAUUUUCUGCCCUGGCCCUGGCAUACCUUGCUCAAAAGGCUGGCAUCCCCGCCGGUGUCGUCAAUGUCGUGACUGCUGACAAGGGUACAAUUGACUUUGGCCGUGAGCUGUGCGAGAACCCUAUUGUUAAGAAGGUUUCCUUCACCGGCUCUACUCGCGUUGGUAAGAUCCUUAUGGGUCAAUCAGCCAACACUCUUAAAAAGCUUUCUCUUGAGCUUGGUGGCAACGCUCCUUACAUUGUCUUUGAAGACGGUGACAUCGAUGCAGCCAUUACAUCUGCUCUUGCCGCUAAAUACCGUGGCAAUGGGCAGGUGUGCGUUAGUCCCAACCGUUUUUAUGUCCAUGAGAAAAUCUACGAUGAGUUCUGCUCUAAAAUUACGGCUAAGGUUUCGUCUAUUUACAAGCCCGGUGCUGGCUUCAACCCUGACGUUAACCUUGGUCCUCUCAUUAACGAUGCUGCUGUUAAAAAGGUCAAGUCUCACGUUGAAGACGUAGUUGCUAAGAACGGUAAAAUCUUGACUGGUGGUGAGCCUCUUCCUGGUCUCGGACCCAACUUCUUCCCCGCUACUGUUGUUUCUGAUGUCACCAAGGACAUGCUUAUUAACCACGAAGAGACCUUUGGUCCUCUUGUGUCCAUUAUCAAGUUCAGCGGUGAGGAAGAUGUCAUUGCUAAGGCUAACAAUGUUCUUGUUGGUCUUGCUUCUUAUUUCUUUACCAAGGAUGUUGGCAGAGCGUACCGUGUUGCCGAAGCUCUCGAGACUGGUAUGGUUGGUGUCAACACUGGCCUGAUUUCUGAGCAGGCUCUGCCAUUUGGUGGUGUCAAGGAAUCGGGCUUUGGCCGCGAAGGAUCCAAAUACGGUGUUGAAGAAUACUUGACCAUCAAGACUGUGGUCGUUGAUGCUACCGUUUAA